CACACACGUCACACUCUCCCUUUCUCCGUCACCGCCUUCAAUAUCAUUUCCAUAAAACCCUCUCCCGAUUUCACUCUGAAGAAUCACUCUCACUCUGUACAAUACAAACCCCUCUCUCUCUCUCUCAUGAUUUGUAACUGCCAUGGCUGAGAACUUCAACAUCCUCGCCGAUGCUCUGUCGCUACCGUCCGGCGAGUUUCUGCAGAAGCUCCGCUCCGAUGACGCCGUCAGGUCAGGACUCAUCGCCGUCCACUCCGUUCUCCGCCGCGGCAUCGAGCCUUCCGCCGAUGGUACUUUCCCCUUCCAGUCCUGGACUGACUCGCAGAUUCAGGCGAUUUCUUCGCUCGCGCACGCAAUCGCUUCCGCUUCUCGAUCUUUGUCAGUGGAGCAAGCGGAAGGGGUGCUUGUUGCGAUUCUGCAGAAGUCCAUAGAAUUUGCUGUGUGUUAUUUGGAGCAAUCUGGAUUCGAUGAUGAUGAUUUAGGAAUUCAGAAUAACUUCAUACAUCUUUUAGAGAUAGCUUUGGUUGAUGGAAUGAAUAUGGUAGCAGACGUGUCACAACCUACAACUUCAAGUGCCCUGUUAGAUUUGUUGCCUAUGGUUGAUGACCUAUGUGGUAGUUUUGCCGAUGACUACAAAAAAUGCCAUCUAGAAGGCUACCGAUGCUCAAGGGAAGAAAAAUCAAUGGAUUGGAUUCUGAAGACCUUACCUUCAAAACAUGUGCCGCAUGAUAAGCAAGAAUCUGGAUUCAGUGAACAGAGUUAUUAUCAGUAUCUCAAUAAUUUUGUCUUUCUAUCCCAGCACUGGGCAGUUGUCCAUGGAGAAUGCACUCGUCGCUUGAUUUUUCUGUGCAAUAAACUAGCUAAAGUAAAAGAUGUAUUUGAUGAGCGUGCGGUGAGCCAUUUUCGAAGGAGACUAUCAUUCAUUUUGAGGAUUUUAAAGAUACUUGGAAGUCUCAUGAAGGACGUUCUGUAUGUUGAAUAUGAUGCCUCAUUGAUGAUGGGAGUUGCUUCUUUUUCUGAUACAUUGUCUAAUUUGUUUAGAGUUAGAUUUGAGUUUGUGAGUACAUAUGCUACUAUCGAGGGAAGUUUUGAGAACCUUGUUUUAAUGGUUGUGGAAGAAUUUCUUCACAAUGUUCAGGUUAUUUUCGGCACUAGCAGUGUGUCUCAGAAUAUCCAAGCAUCUAUUAUAGCAUCUAUAUUGGAUAGUUUGGAUUCUUCUGUUUGGAUAUAUGACCCAUCUGCUCCAAAUUCCAAGCCCCCUUUAGCUUACUUCCCCCGAUUUGUUGUUUAUACACUGAAUCUCAUUAAUGAUCUGAAAAGUCAAAGGCAUCAGGUUCCUUUUGAGUGGAAAGACUCUGAUGUGAAACUCGUUGACAGUUUUGCUGACUCUCUAACCAGUUCUCCUUCAUGCCUUGUUCAUCUGGAGUCUGUUUCUUUGCUGAAGGGAUACAGAUUUGAAGAGCUUCUAAAGCUGAUAUUUCCUGCAUCAAGCCAAUGGAUUUUCAAUUUGGUACAACUUGCUUUUUUCCUUCAUUUUGAAGGAUUGAAGUUAAGACCAAAGAUGGAAAGGUCCCAUUCUAGUUUGGCAAAAGUUGUUGGAACAUCUGAAGUUGAAAAUUCAGUGUGCCAAGAGGAUGAGGCUCUUUUUGGAGAUCUUUUUUCUGAGACUGCACGUUCUGUUGGUUCAACAGAUGGAUGUGAGCAACCAACUGCUGCGGCUUUAGUUUCUAGCUCCAGCAAUCAGAAUAUGCCAAUUCAAGCUGCUAUAGAACUUUUGAACUUCCUUAAAACGUGUAUCUUCUCUACCGAGUGGCAUCCUUCUCUUUAUGUUGAUGCCUGCAACAAACUCAGUAGUAGAGACAUUGAUAUUUUACUUUCCCUACUCAAUUGUCAGGGCUGUUGUUCUGAAGAUAAUAUUUCUGAUAGUUGCAUCCCUUCACAUGAAGAUGAUAAGGUUGGGCAUGUCCAUGAACUAUGCUUUGAUCUUUUGCACAACCUUCUCACAAACCAUGCUUUGAAUGAUUCACUUGAAGACUACCUUGUGGAGAAGAUCCUAAAGGUGGAAAAUGGUGCCUUUAAUUAUAAUGAUAGGACCCUCGCCCUGCUUGCUCACACAUUGUUUUGUAGGGUUGGUUCUGCUGGCAGUCAAUUGAGAACCAAGAUUUGUAGUGGAUAUGUUACCUUUGUUCUUGAGAAGGCAAAAGCUGUGUGUGUAAAUUGCCCAAGUAUCAAUGACCUUGUUGGUACUCUUCCCUCGUUGUUUCACAUUGAGGUUGUUCUUGUGGCAUUCCACUUGUCUUCUCAACAAGAAAAGGCAAUGAUGGCAAACUUAAUUUUUUCAACACUCAAAGAAGUUCCUAAACUGGCAUUGGAUUUGAGCUGCACUCUGUUAACAUGUUGGGCUUUAGUGGUUUCAAGGUUGAUCUUAGUUCUUCGCCAUAUGAUGUUUCACCAACAGACUUGUCCAACAUCAUUGCUUGUCGAUGUGCGGUCUAAGUUGAGGGAAGCACCUCUGUCCAGCUUAUCUAUGCAAAAUAAGGUUAAUGAUCACAUGUCGUCUUGGUCAUCAACUGCAUUAAAAAGUAUAGCAGGUGGAUUGAUUGGAGAUGAAGUUUCUAUAAGUAGUUUGAUUGAACAAUUAAUUGAUGUUUCUAGUUCUUCUUCUUCACUUAGUGGGGAUGACUUGGCAAUUGGCAAAUUAAAUUUGAAUUGGAAGGACAUAUAUGUUACUUUUUCACUGGUUCUGGGACUUUGGAGGGGCAAAAAGGCCACUGCAGUGGAGGAUUUCAUUGUUGAAAGAUAUGUUUUCACCCUUUGUUGGGAUUUUCCUUAUGUAGUCUCUGAAGCGGAUCAUCCAAGUAUAUCUUGGAAUCAAGACCAAUCCGUGGAUCUAUCUGAUAUGUCACAUUUUUUCCACUUCUGCCAUUUACUCCUCAACCAUCCAGAGGUCAUUGGGAAGUUCACUACUUUUCCAGAGGUUGUAUUGAGCUUGCUUCAGCAUUUAAAUGCUAUGCCCAUACCAGAUGACAUUGAGGAAUUAGGUUGGUAUUUCCUCAGAAGUGGUAUGUGGCUGUCUCUGGUGCUCUCCUUCACUAAUGUUGGUAUAUGGAGAUAUUGUAUGGACAAUUCAAUUUCUGGACAUGGUCUAAAUUGGACUGAAACUUCUGUUGGGGAUGAGAACUUUGCUAAACAUGCUGGAAGCAUGAUUUCCUCCAUGAUUGACUCUGGUCAAUUUGCAUUGCUAGUAAGGCUGUUCUCAUCCUUGCUGAACAAGCAUGUGCAGUUUUGUCAGAAAGCUUUCCUUGAUAUCCUAAGUUCCAAGCAUAAGCUGGCUCCUGGGUUUUCACCAUUCUUGCUUCUGAAACAUACUGGAGUUGACAAAAAUCUGCAGGAUGAGCUCCUGGAGAGAAGUGGUUCCAAUGCAGGUGAGCUGCAGUCUGUUCUUAGCCUCUUAUCAAGGUUGGAUGCAGCUGUCGAUAAGAAAGCUUCAGGUAUUCUUUCUAGAGCUUCUUGGGAGUGCAUUUUGCAUGGUUUUCCUUUUCAUCAUUCUACUCCCAGUGCUACUCUACUUUCCUGUGUUCUUAGCGUAAGAGGAAUCAUAUUUGUUCUGGAUGGGGUACAUAAAAUAAAAGAAGCAUGUGAAAAUAUUGACUUGGAGACUGAAGUCCUUGGUCAUAUUCUUGAUACCGCAAUGAAUAUCAAGUAUGAUAGGAUCUUUGAAAGUGUUCAUGGGAAAUGUGACACUAUCUAUCACAGCUUGAGUGCAGAACUGGAACUGUCAGAUUAUGCAAACUUGACUCUGUUAAAGCAAAUGGAAGGGUUUCUGAAGGAUAUCAAUGCUCGAGGAGUAUGUGAUUGCAGUGCCCAAGAAUGGAUAAUCUGCAAAAUUAUUGAGAUAUUAAGCAGUCUUAGGAAAGACCCUUCAAAGUCUGUUAUAUUUCACUAUUAUCUUGGUGCUGAACAGGUGCCAGGGCAGAUGAGUAAGAUUUCUCAGUUGUAUCUUGGUGACUGUUUGGUUCUAGUUGAUUCUCUAGAUACUUGCUUCUCUGAAUCAGUAAAUGUGAAGGUUCUUGGUUUCAUUGUGGAUCUACUAUCUGGAGAGCAAUUUCCUCAUCUCAGAAUGAGGAUACAAAGGAAAUUCCUUGACAGAGAUACAGAUUGUGUAUCUAAGUGGUUGGAGAAAAGGCUUUUAGGGAGCAUAAUGAAAUCAGAUAGUGGGGUGAACUGUACAAAGGGUAGUUCCAUUUCUCUUCGGGAAUCAACAAUGAAUUUUAUUCUGUGUCUUGUAUCACCAUCCUCUGAACAACAGUCAAAAGAAUUGCAACAGCACAUUUUCAACUCCGCACUGCUAUCCCUUGAUACUGCUUUUUUGCUAUUUGAUAUACAUGUAGCGAAGUCAUAUUUCAAUUUCAUGGUCCAAAUUUCAAGAGGAGAAUACUUGAUGAAACAGCUUUUGAUGAGGACUGUAAUGUUGAUGGGGAAACUGGAGGGCAAUGAAAAUCUGCUUCCCGGAUUGAAGUUUCUAUUUGGCUUUAUUGGAUCUGUCUUGAACGAUUGUGGAUCUGGUAAAAUUUCCUUGCAAAGGACAACUAAGAAGUGUUCUCCUGGUAAUAGUCUCGGGUUAGGACAUGCAUCUGCUCGACUGGUCGGGUCUAAAAAUUCUGAGACAUUCAUUCUUUCUGCUAAUCAAGAAGCGGGAUCAACCUCUGUUGAAUGUGAUGCGACUUCUUUAGAUGAGGAUGAGGACGAUGCAACUUCUGAUGGAGAGGUUCUUAGCAUAGAUAAGGAUGAUGAAGAGGAUGCUAACAGUGAAAGGGCCCUUGCCUCUAAAGUUUGCACAUUUACUUCUAGUGGCAGCAAUUUCAUGGAGCAACAUUGGUACUUCUGCUAUACAUGUGACCUGACUGUUUCAAAGGGCUGCUGCUCAGUCUGUGCAAAGGUUUGUCAUCGGGGUCAUCGUGUAGUCUAUUCACGCUCAAGCCGCUUCUUUUGUGACUGUGGAGCUGGUGGUGUUAGGGGUAGUAAUUGUCAAUGUCUGAAACCACGAAAAUUCACAGGAGAUAGCAGUGUGCCUGUUCGUGGCUCUAAUACUUUUCAGUCGUUUUUACCCUUUCCUGAGGAUGGAGAUCAGCUGCCAGAUAGUGAUUCAGAUUUUGAAGAGGACGUCAGUUUUGAUGUAGAUAACUCGCUCAAAGUAUAUAUUACAAAAGAGCUUCAAGAAGGGAUUCCAUCUUUAUUGGAAGAACUUGAUAUUGAAAGUAAGGUUCUCAAUCUUUGCUCUUCUUUGAUGCCAUCUAUAAUUAGCAGACGAGACUCUCACCAUUCUAAGGAUAAGAAAAUCAGUUUGGGUGAAGACAAGGUAAUUUCUCAUGGCGUUGAUCUCUUGCAAUUGAAGAAAACAUAUAAAAGUGGAUCAUUUGAUCUAAAGAUAAAGGCUGAUUAUUCAAAUGCCAAGGAUCUUAAAUCGCAUUUAGGAAGUGGUUCUCUUGUGAAGUCCUCGCUCAGUGUUAGUGUGCGAGGUCGACUUGCUGUUGGUGAAGGUGAUAAAGUUAUUAUAUAUGAUGUUGGACAGUUAAUUGGUCAAGCCACCAUUGCUCCUGUGACAUCUGACAAGACCAAUGUGAAACCUCUUUCUAAAAAUGUAGUCCGUUUUGAAAUUGUCCAACUAGCAUUCAACCCUGUGGUUGAGAACUACCUUCUUGUAGCAGGUUAUGAAGAUUGCCAAGUCCUGACAUUGAAUCCUCGUGGUGAAGUGAUUGACCGCCUUGCCAUUGAACUAGCUCUGCAAGGUGCGUAUAUUAGACGAGUGGAUUGGGUUCCAGGCUCACAAGUUCAGUUAAUGGUUGUGACUAACAGGUUUGUCAAGAUAUAUGACUUGUCCCUGGACAACAUCAGUCCCAUGCACUACUUCACUUUGUCAGAUGACAUGAUCGUGGAUGCCAUUCUUUAUACAGCUUCCCAGGGAAGAAUGUUUCUCAUUGUUCUUUCAGAAAAUGGACACAUAUUCAGGUUUGAGUUGUCAGUCAAAGGGAAUGUUGGGGCUGUACCAUUGAAAGAACUUGUACAACUUCAGGGAAAAGAAAUUCAUGCAAAGGGGUCAUCAUUGUAUUUCUCUUCAACUUGUAAGCUACUGUUCAUAUCUUUUCAAGAUGGUACCACUCUGAUGGGUAGGCCAAGCUCUGAUGCAGCCUCUCUAGUUGAGAUGUCUUCUGUAUAUGAGGAGCAAGACAAUAAGCUGCGGCCUGCUGGAGCACAUCAUUGGAAAGAAUUGCUAGCUGGCAGUGGUUUAUUUGUUUGCUUAUCAACAGUGAAAUCAAAUUCUGCACUCACUGUGUCAAUGGGGGAACAUGACAUACUUGCACAGAGUAUGCGACAUUCAGUCGGUUCAACUUCACCUAUAGUUGGUGUGACUGCAUACAAACCGCUAUCUAAGGAUAAAAUCCACUGUCUUGUGUUACAUGAUGAUGGUAGCCUUCAAAUAUAUUGGCAUGCCCCUGUGGGUGUUGAUGCUGGUGUGAUUGCAGCAUCUGAGAAAGUUAAGAAAUUGGGUUCAGGCAUCCUCAAUAAAGCUUAUGCCGGUACUAGUCCUGAAUUUCCUCUUGAUUUCUUCGAGAAGACUGUGUGCAUUACACCAGAUGUGAAACUGGGUGGAGAUGCUAUCAGAAAUGGAGAUUCUGAAGGAGCUAAACAGAGUUUGGUAAAUGAGGAUGGCUUUCUAGAAAGUCCCAGUCCUGCAGGUUUUAAGAUAUCUGUCUUCAAUUCAAAUCCUGAUAUUGUCAUGGUUGGUUUUCGAGUUCAUGUGGGUAAUACAUCAGCUAGCCACAUACCUUCUAGCAUUUCUAUUUUCCAGAGGGUUAUUAAAUUAGAUGAAGGAAUGAGAUCCUGGUACGAUAUUCCGUUUACUGUUGCGGAAUCUCUUCUUGCGGAUGAAGAAUUUACAUUGUCAGUUGGGCCAACCUUUAAUGGCUCAACCCUUCCCAGAAUAGACUCACUUGAAGUUUAUGGCCGAGCUAAAGAUGAAUUUGGUUGGAAAGAGAAAAUGGAUGCAAUUCUGGAUAUGGAAGCAAGAGUACUUGGUUCAAAUUCAUCACUGAGUGGAUCUGGAAAGAAGCGCCGGUCAAUGCAGUCUGCUCCGAUUCAGGAGCAGGUAGUAGCAGAUGGGCUUAAGCUAAUUACAAAGUUUUAUUCGUCAUGUAGGCAACAGGAUUGCUCAAGGCUUGAGGAAGCAAAGAUAGAGCUAGGAAAGCUCAAGUGCAAGCAAUUGCUAGAAACAAUAUUUGAGAGUGAUAGAGAACCAAUUCUGCAGGCUUCUGGUAGCCGUGUCUUACAAGCGAUCUUUCCCAAGAAAGAGAUUUACCAUCAAGUUAAGGAUACCAUGCGGCUUCUUGGAGUGGUCAAAUCAUCUUCACUACUAUUGUCAAGGCUUGAAAGGGGUGGUACAGCAGGAAGUGGGAUCAUUGAAGAGUUCACUGCCCAGAUGCGUGCAGUUUGUAGGAUUGCUUUGCAACGGCGUUCAAAUUUGGCAACAUUUCUGGAGACAAAUGGCUCAAAAGUGGUGGACGCACUCAUGCAAGUUUUAUGGGGAAUUUUAGACUUUGAGCAGCCUGAUACCCAAACCAUGAACAACAUUAUAAUGUCUGCAGUUGAACUUAUUUACUGCUAUGCUGAAUGCUUGGCCCUUCAUGGAAAAGAUGCUGGAGUGCACUCUGUAGCGCCUGCUGUUGUAUUACUCAAGAAGCUUCUCUUUUCAACUGAUGAAGCUGUUCAGACUGCUAGCAGUUUGGCCAUAUCUUCGAGAUUGCUUCAGGUUCCUUUUCCAAAGCAGACAUUGUUAGCAACAGAUGAUGGUGUUGAGAGUGUAGUCUCAGUUCCUGGCCCUGCUGAUACAAGUGCUAGAAAUAACCAAGUCAUGAUUGAAGAGGACACUAUCACUUCAUCUGUUCAAUAUUGUUGUGAUGGUUGCUCUACUGUGCCUAUACUUAGGCGACGAUGGCAUUGUACUGUUUGUCCUGAUUUUGAUUUGUGUGAAGCUUGUUAUGAAGUACUAGAUGCAGACCGACUUCCUCCACCUCACUCUAGAGAUCAUCCUAUGACAGCAAUUCCAAUUGAAGUGGAUUCAGUGGGAGAUGGAAAUGAAUUUCACUUCACACCUGAUGAUGUUAGUGACUUACCUGUACCUGCUGAUAGCAACAUGCAGAACUCUUCUCCAUCAAUUCAUGUCUUGGAACCCAAUGAUUCUGGAGAAUUUGCUGCUUCAUUGAUUGACCCAGUCUCGAUCUCUGCUUCAAAACGGGAAAUAAACUCCUUACUGCUUUCUGAGCUUCUUGAACAAUUGAAAGGAUGGAUGGAGACAACCUCUGGAGUCCGGGCAAUCCCUGUUAUGCAGCUUUUCUACAGAUUGUCAUCUGCUGUGGGUGGACCUUUCAUAGACAGCUCAAAACCAGAUAGCUUAGAUUUAGAGAAACUAAUCAGGUGGUUUUUGGAUGAGAUUAAUCUCAACAGACCAUUUGUAGCUAGAACCCGAUCAUCGUUUGGGGAAGUUGCAAUCCUGGUCUUCAUGUUUUUCACAUUGAUGCUUAGAAACUGGCAUCAGCCUGGUACUGAUGGCUCCAUGCCAAGACAGAGUGGAGCUGCUGACAUGCAUGAUAAAAAUGUAAUCCAAUUUCCACCAUCUACUUCAGGAAGUGCUAAGACUUCAGUAGAUGAGCAAGAGAAGAAUGACUUUGCGUCACAGCUGCUUCGAGCUUGUGAUUCUCUUAGGCAGCAAUCUUUUGUAAGUUAUCUAAUGGAUAUACUGCAGCAGCUAGUGCAUGUUUUCAAAUCCCCUGUUAACAACGAAAGUGGGCAUAGUAACGCUGGACCUGGAUGUGGAGCUUUGCUCACAGUACGCCGAGAAUUACCAGCUGGUAAUUUUUCACCUUUCUUUUCUGAUUCAUAUGCCAAAGUGCACCGAUCAGAUAUCUUUAUGGACUACUACAGACUUCUGCUAGAAAACGCUUUCCGUCUGGUGUACACACUUGUUCGGCCAGAAAAGCAUGACAAAGCUGGGGAGAAGGAAAAGGUCUACAAGUUGUCAUAUGGUAAGGAUUUGAAGCUAGAUGGAUAUCAAGAUGUUCUCUGCAGCUACAUUAACAAUCCUCAUACCAAUUUUGUAAGAAGAUAUGCCAGGAGGCUUUUCCUGCAUCUCUGUGGGAGCAAGUCUCACUAUUACAGUGUUCGGGACUCUUGGCAGUUCUCUAGUGAAGUCAAGAGACUUUAUAAACACAUAAGCAAGUCUGGUGGUUUUCAAAAUAAUCCCAUUCCAUACGAAAGAAGUGUGAAGAUUGUGAAAUGCCUUUCCACUAUGGCAGAAGUAGCAGCUGCACGUCCUCGGAACUGGCAGAAAUACUGUUUAAGGCAUGGAGAUAUUUUAUCUUUCCUGAUGAAUGGAAUAUUUUAUUUUGGUGAAGAGUCUGUUAUUCAGACCCUUAAACUUCUCAAUUUUGCCUUCUACGCGGGAAAAGAUGCUGGUCAGACUUCACAAAAAACAGAGUUGGGAGACAUAAGUUCAAACAAAUCAGGUAUCAUAUCUCAAGAAUCAAAGAAGAAAAAGAAAGGUGAAGAUGGUGCUGAAUCUGGUUCGGAGAAGUCCUAUUUGGAUAUGGAGGCAGCAGUAGAUGUCUUCACUGACAAGAGUGGCAAUAUCUUAAAGCAGUUCAUGGAUAGCUUUCUUCUUGAGUGGAAUUCAAUUACUGUGCGUGCAGAGGCUAAAUUAGUUUUAUAUGGUGUCUGGCAUCAUGCCAAACCAGCGUUUAAAGAAACUAUGCUAAUGGCUCUCUUGCAGAAGGUUAAGUUUCUCCCGAUGUAUGGUCAGAAUAUUGUGGAGUAUACAGAACUUGUUACAUGGUUGCUGGGAAGAUCCCCUGAUACUAGUUCAAGGCACAAGGUUUCUGACCUUGUGGACCGAUGCUUGACUCUUGAUGUUAUUAGGUGCAUCUUUGAGACACUACAUUCACAGAAUGAGCUGUUGGCUAACCAUCCAAAUUCUCGUAUAUAUAAUACUUUGAGUGGCUUAGUUGAAUUUGAUGGAUACUAUCUCGAGAGUGAACCUUGUGUUGCCUGCAGCUCUCCAGAAGUACCUUACAGCAAGAUGAAACUGGAGUCUUUGAAAUCUGAAACGAAGUUCACUGAUAACCGUAUCAUAGUGAAAUGCACUGGGAGUUACACAAUCCAGACUGUUACUAUGAAUGUUCAUGACACCAGAAAGUCAAAAUCAGUGAAGGUUUUGAAUUUAUACUAUAAUAACAGGCCAGUUACUGACUUAUCAGAAUUGAAAAAUAACUGGUCUUUAUGGAAGCGUGCAAAAAGUUGUCAUCUUGCAUUUGAUCAGACUGAACUUAAAGUUGAAUUCCCCAUUCCCAUUACAGCUUGUAACUUCAUGAUUGAACUGGAUUCGUUCUAUGAAAAUCUUCAGGCAUUGUCUCUUGAACCAUUGCAAUGUCCACGUUGCAGUCGUCCAGUCACAGAUAAGCAUGGUAUAUGCAGCAACUGUCAUGAAAAUGCCUAUCAAUGCAGGCAAUGUCGCAACAUCAAUUAUGAGAAUUUGGACUCUUUUCUGUGCAAUGAAUGUGGAUACAGCAAAUAUGGGCGGUUUGAGUUUAAUUUCAUGGCAAAGCCAAGUUUUACGUUUGAUAAUAUGGAGAAUGAUGAUGAUAUGAAGAAGGGAUUAGCAGCCAUAGAGUCGGAGUCGGAGAAUGCUCAUAGGCGAUACCAGCAACUUUUGGGCUUCAAAAAACCCUUGCUCAAAAUUGUAUCAAGCAUUGGUGACAGUGAAAUAGACUCACUACCGAAGGACUCAGUGCAGCAAAUGAUGGUAUCCUUAACUGGCCCUUCAUGUAAAAUCAACCGGAAAAUUGCUCUUCUUGGAGUCCUCUAUGGGGAGAAGUGCAAAGCAGCUUUUGAUUCUGUAACCAAAAGUGUCCAGACACUGCAAGGGCUACGGAAGGUGUUGAUGAGUUAUCUGCAUCAGAAGCAUUCUGAUAAUAGUGUGGCUUCAAGAUUUGUGGUUUCCAGAUCACCAAAUAAUUGCUACGGCUGUGCAACUACAUUUGUAACGCAAUGUCUCGAAUUGUUACAGGUCCUGGCAAGGCAUCCAAAUUCUAAGAAACAACUUGUUUCAGCUGGGAUUUUAUCCGAGUUAUUUGAGAAUAACAUUCAUCAAGGUCCUAAAGCUGCCCGCAUCCAAGCAAGGAUGGUCCUUUGUUCCUUAUCUGAAAGUGAUGUAAAUGCAGUUACCGAGUUAAAUAGUUUGAUCCAAAAGAAAGUUUUGUACUGCCUUGAGCAUCAUCGGUCCAUGGACAUUGCAGUGACUACGCGUGAGGAGUUGCUAUUACUUUCUGAAGUGUGUUCUUUGGCUGAUGAGUUCUGGGAAUCAAGAUUACGUCUUGUGUUUCAGUUAUUGUUUUCUUCCAUCAAGGUAGGUGCCAAACAUCCCGCCAUAUCUGAGCAUGUCAUUCUUCCUUGUCUUAGAAUAAUAUCUCAGGCAUGCACACCUCCAAAGCCUGAGACGCCAGAUAAAGAGCAAACUCUUGGGAAGUCUUCUACGAAAACAAAGGAUGAGACUACUCAAAAUGUACCUAGUUCCUUGGCUGGUGCAGUUGCUGUUAGUGGAACAAAAACAUUUUCAGACUCAUCAGAAAGAAAUUGGGAUGCCACACCCAAGACUCAGGAUAUUCAAUUAUUGAGCUAUUCGGAAUGGGAGAGGGGAGCCUCUUAUCUUGAUUUUGUGAGAAGGCAAUACAAAGUGUCACAGGCAGUCAAAGGUUCUGGCCAGAGGUCACGGUCCCAAAGGCAUGAUUACCUAGCACUUAAAUAUGCUUUGAGAUGGAAGCGUCGUGCUGGUAAAGCAGCUAAAAGUGACUUAUCAGUGUUUGAGUUGGGAUCAUGGGUUAAAGAACUUGUUUUGAGUGCUUGUUCUCAAUCUAUUAGAUCAGAGAUGUGCACGCUCAUAAGCUUGCUUUGUGCUCAAAGCUCAUCCAGACGAUUUCGGCUUCUGAAUCUAGUGGUUUCUUUGUUACCCUCAACACUUUCUUCUGGUGAGAGUGCUGCAGAAUAUUUUGAGUUGCUAUUCAAGAUGAUAGAUUCAGAGGAUGCUCUUUUAUUUUUAACUGUUCGGGGUUGUCUGCGGACCAUUUGUACUCUAAUCACCCAAGAAGUGAGCAAUGUUGAGUCUUUGGAAAGGAGCCUACACAUUGAUAUAACUCAGGGAUUUAUCCUUCACAAACUCAUAGAGCUUCUUGGGAAAUUUUUGGAGGUCCCAAAUGUCAGGUCCAGAUUCAUGAGAGACAAUUUGCUUUCUGACAUUCUUGAAGCCCUCAUUGUAAUUCGUGGUUUGAUUGUUCAAAAGACAAAGUUGAUAAGUGACUGCAAUCGUCUCCUUAAAGAUCUUUUGGAUAGUCUAUUGCUAGAAAGCACUGAGAAUAAACAACAAUUCAUUAGGGCCUGCAUCAAUGGUUUGGAAAUACAUGGGGAGGAGAGGAAGGGGCGUACUUGUUUGUUUAUCUUAGAGCAACUCUGCAAUCUGAUCUGCCCCUCAAAGCCAGAGCCUGUAUAUUUGUUGGUCCUGAACAAGGCACAUACCCAGGAAGAGUUUAUCAGGGGAUCAAUGACUAAGAAUCCAUAUUCAAGUUCUGAGAUUGGCCCAUUAAUGCGCGAUGUGAAGAAUAAGAUCUGCCAUCAGUUGGAUUUGUUAGGUCUUCUUGAGGAUGACUAUGGAAUGGAGUUGUUGGUCGCUGGCAAUAUCAUCUCUCUUGAUUUGACCGUUGCACUAGUUUAUGAGCAAGUCUGGAAGAAAUCAAAUCAAUCUUCAAAUGUAACUAAUUCCAACUUGGCAUCUUCAAAUGCUGUCACCUCAUCCAGAGAUUUCCCACCUAUGACUGUGACCUAUCGGCUCCAGGGGUUGGAUGGUGAAGCUACUGAGCCCAUGAUAAAAGAGUUGGAGGAAGAUAGAGAGGAGUCUCAGGAUCCAGAGAUAGAGUUUGCCAUAGCAGGUGCUGUUCGUGAAUAUGGUGGACUGGAGAUACUAUUGGGCAUGAUUCAGCGUCUGCGAGAUGAUUUCAAGUCCAAUCAGGAGCAUCUGGUUGCAGUUCUUAAUCUUUUUAUGUAUUGUUGCAAAAUUAGAGAGAACAGACGAGCUUUGUUGAAGCUAGGAGCUCUAGGUUUGCUUCUCGAGACCGCAAGACGAGCUUUUUCAGUUGAUGCCAUGGAGCCAGCUGAAGGCAUACUUCUGAUUGUUGAAAGUCUUACUUUAGAAGCAAAUGAAAGCGACAAUAUAAGUAUCACACAAAGUGCCCUUACUGUCACCAAAGAAGAAGCGGGGACUGGUGAAGAAGCCAAGAAGAUAGUUCUUAUGUUUUUGGAAAGAUUGUCCCAUCCAUUGGGGCUUAAGAAAUCAAACAAACAGCAGAGGAACACAGAGAUGGUUGCUCGAAUAUUGCCUUACUUAACUUAUGGUGAACCUGCUGCAAUGGAAGCUCUUAUCCAGCAUUUUAGCCCUUACUUGCAAGAUUGGCGUGUAUUUGACGAUUUGCAGAAACAACAUCUGAACAAUCCAAAAGAUGAUAAUAUUGCUCAGCUAGCUGCAAAGCAGAGGUUCACUCUAGAAAAUUUUGUUAGGGUUUCAGAGUCACUUAAGACAAGUUCCUGUGGAGAGAGAUUAAAGGACAUUAUCCUAGAAAAGGGAAUAACAGAAACUGCAAUCAGACAUUUGAAAGAUAGUUUUUCCAAUGCAGGGCAAGCUGGCUAUAAGACCAGUGCUGAGUGGGCACAGGGUUUAACAGUUCCUUCUAUCCCUCUUAUAUUGUCUAUGCUAAGAGGUUUAUCGAUGGGGCAUCUGCUCACCCAAAAGUGUAUUGAUAAGGAAGGUAUCUUACCCUUGUUGCAUGCCUUGGAAGGAGUUCCUGGAGAGAACGAAAUUGGGGCAAGGGCUGAAAAUUUGUUGGAUACGCUAUCUAACAAGGAGGGAAAAGGAGAUGGAUACCUAGAGGAGAAGGUGUGUAAGUUGCGGCAUGCAACUAGGGAUGAAAUGAGGCGCCGGGCAUUGCAGAAGAGAGAGAAGUUGCUUCAGGACCUCGGAAUGCAUCAAGAACGGUCUUCAGAUGGAGGUGAACGUAUUGUUGUUGCCCGGCCUAUCCUUGAGGGUUUAGAAGAUGUCCAGGAAGAGGAGGAUGGGUUGGCAUGCAUGGUAUGCAGGGAAGGAUACAGUUUAAGACCUACUGACUUACUGGGUGUUUACUCUUAUAGUAAACGUGUGAAUCUAGGUGUAGGUGCAUCUGGAAGUGCUCGCGGAGAGUGUGUUUACACUACCGUAAGUUACUUCAAUGUUAUUCACUUCCAGUGUCAUCAAGAGGCCAAGAGAGCUGAUGCUGCCUUAAAGAAUCCUAAGAAAGAGUGGGAUGGAGCAACACUUAGAAACAAUGAAUCUCUCUGUAAUUCUUUAUUCCCUGUAAGAGGUCCAUCUGUUCCACAGGCACAGUAUACUCGCUAUGUUGACCAGCACUGGGACAACCUCAAUGCUCUUGGACGUGCUGAUGGAAGCAGGCUCCGUUUGCUGACUUAUGACAUUGUUCUGAUGUUAGCUCGGUUUGCGACAGGAGCAUCAUUCAGUGCAGAUUGCCGAGGUGGGGGACGCGAUAGUAAUUCGCGGUUCCUUCCAUUUAUGAUUCAAAUGGCACGUCAUCUCCUUGAUCAAGGAAGCACCUCCCAGCGUCGAACCAUGGCCAGGGCCGUAUCAGCAUAUAUAACUUCAACCACAUCAGAUCUCAGACCCCCUUCUCCAUCUGGCACCCAACCUACAAUGGGGACAGAAGAAACUGUCCAAUUUAUGAUGGUAAACUCACUUCUCUCAGAGUCUUACGAGUCAUGGCUGCAGCACCGCCGUUCUUUUCUGCAGCGCGGAAUCUAUCAUGCAUACAUGCAGCACACACACUCACGCUCAAGUACUCGUGCAUCAUCCAUUUCUGCUCCUGCUCAAGCUGUGGAAUCUGGACGUUUGGACCAAAGUGCUACAACAGAAACAGGGAAGAAUGAUGAGCUUUUGUCUAUCAUUCGUCCAAUGCUUGUUUACACAGGCUUGAUUGAGCAGUUACAGCAUUUCUUCAAGGUCAAGAAAUCCACAAGUGCAACAUCUGGAAGUACUGAAGGGGCUUCAUCUGCAACUGAAGGGGAAGAUGAAAGAGGGAACCUGGAAAGCUGGGAAUUGGUGAUGAAAGAGAGAAUCUUGAAUGUGAAAGAGCUGCUCGGAUUCCCGAAGGAGAUGCUGUCCUGGCUUGAUGAUAUUAAUUCUGCUAGUGACUUGCAGGAGGCCUUUGACAUAGUUGGGGUUCUACCUGAGGUGUUUUCUGGUGGAUUCACUCGUUGUGAAGACUUUGUCCAGGCUGCAAUUACUGCAGGGAAAAGUUGAAAAAAUUGUGCUUGUCUUGAUGUUUUCAAAUGGUAAACAACACUUAUAUUCUCUUUGGGAAUUAAAAUGCCCAUAUCCUGUGUUCUUUUAAACCUAACAAGCUGGUUUUAAAUGAAAGGGAAAAUAUUAUGACGGCCAA